CACACACACACACACACACACACACACACACACACACACACACACACACACAUACCCUCAUUAGUGUGCACUAUGAGACUGUGAGUGAAGACUUAACUGCGACUGUGAAUCAUCGGUUUAAUUCUGACGAGAUGAAUCCUGCGUGCGCGCGCUGUGCAAAGAUCGUUUAUCCUACAGAAAAAAUCAACUGCCUCGAUAAGAACUGGCAUAAGGGCUGUUUUCAUUGUGAAGUGUGUAAGAUGACUCUCAACAUGAAGAACUACAAAGGCUACGACAAGAAACCCUACUGCAGUGCUCACUAUCCAAAGACAUCGUUCACAAUCGUGACAGAUACACCGGAGAACCUUCGUCUGAAACAUCAGAGCGAGUUACAGAGUCAGGUGAGAUAUAAGCGAGACUUUGAGGAGAGUAAAGGACGUGGAUUCAGUAUCGUCACAGACACUCCAGAGCUGCAGAGAUUUAAACAAACACAAGAAAACAUCAGCAACGUCUGAUCACGUUUAAUAUGAAUGCAGCAGCUGAUGUGAUGGUGUCAGACGGUUAGUUGUCUGUGACAGAGGACAUCUGGGCGUUUGGACAUUCCUGUGAUAAACUCAAGUGUUUCUAAAUGUGGAUGACGCUUCA